UGGAAAACCAGGAAGGCUAUGAAAAGCAAGGAAGGCUAUGGAAAACCAGGAAGGCUAUGGAAAGCCAGGAAGGCUAUGAAAGCAAGGAAGGCUAUGGGAAACCAGGAAGGCUAUGGAAAACCAGGAAGGCUAUGAAAAGCAAGGAAGGCUAUGGAAAACCAGGAAGGCUAUGGAAAGCCAGGAAGGCUAUGAAAGCAAGGAAGGCUAUGGGAAACCAGGAAGGCUAUGAAAGCAAGGAAGGCUAUGGGAAACCAGGAAGGCUAUGGAAAGCACCAGUUCCAUUUUGGAACACCUUUACUGUACCAAUUUCUCUUAAAAUCCAAACGAAUCUGUUUGUUUUUGAUUUAUGUAAAGUAUGAGGCAGAAUAUGUAAAAAAAAAAUAUAUAGUGCCAUGUGGAAGACAAAGUGCUUACAUUCAGCAGUAUGAGAAUUAUGAGAGCAACUGUAUCAUUUCCAAGUAACUCCAAAAUGAAAUGAAAUCCUCAUGCAUUGCAGUGUUUUCCUAAAUUCUUGAUAGCUAGAUUGAUUUCUUCUCCUUCUCCUCCUUCUUCUUCAUUUCCCAUAGUACUUCAAAAUAUGACGGUGUAAGGCCUUUGACUGUGACCAGUUAGAAAGUAAUUUUCCUCAAAUUCUAUUAUAUGUAAAGUAUGAAACAGAAUAUCAUUGAAAAUGCGUGGGCUAGUUGUAAAUUUGAAUGAUAAAGUCGUACAGUAAUCUUCUCUGCCUCGCUAUCACUUUCCUUUUCUCCACUGAUCAAAAGAUCCAGGCGUUAAUCGAAAGCAAAUCAGUAACGAAUCUAAAUGAAACUGGCGUACUUUAUUUAAACAGUGUAUACCACAAGUGAUACAAGAGAUAAUGCUUGACAAAUAUUCACCAAACUAAUGAUCAGUCAAAGCUGAUUACUUUUCAUAGCAUGCACACAUUACUACCCUGUUUCUUCCGCACAUUUCCAAACUCUGGUUUAAAUGAUAUUGGGGUCAAAUUUGACCCCUCUCCAAUAGUUUCAGAAUAUCACGAAUGUAAUGUAACAUGAAUGUGACAUGUUCUAGUACACCAACACAUCUAAACCUCUAAACCUUAGUCAACCAUGUUUACAAAAGAACACAUCCUUUUCCUUGACCUCAGAGACACUGAUUAUACGCAUAAUUAUGAACUGUGCAUUGGUAAGUAUAAUAAUUAAUUUGUGUUUCACAUACAUAAACAAUGAUGCACAUUUACACUGAAAAUCGCUUGUGUACAGAGAUACACGCAGGUGCACUCAUGAACACACGCGCGAUGAGUCACUCAUAUUGUAGUGCAGGACACACACAUAAUAUAACACACACUUAAACUCACUCAUUCACUCUCUUUCUCUCUCUCUGUUCUCUUUGCUUUUUUACCCCAAUUCCUAAGGCUCUUUAACGAAAGCUUUCCUUUUCUUUCUUUCUCCCCCUUUCUCCUCCUUCAUCUCUUUUUCUCUGGACGCCAUACUCUGUCCCUUUCUCCUUUACCUCCUUGUUCUUUUUAUCCAUGUCUCCUUUUUGUCCUAUAGUCUAUUCUCUGUCCUCUACUCUCUAUAUUUCUGUCUCUACCCCACACACACACACCCACACACACACACACUUUAUCUCAGUGUUUAAAGAUGUCACUAGACGUUCGAUAAUUAUACAUAACAUUGAAGCCUUUUGAUUAACAAGUUUGCCAUUCAGUAAAUCUGCAGACAUGCAGGGUGGCUCAGAUCAGUGCUUUUUAUGAAGCAUAUGAAGCAUAUUGGCAUGCGGAAUGGUAGAUUUCAGGCUUGGUUAGAGGGAAGAGGUAUUUGUGUAAAUGUUUUUCAUUGCAAUUGCAAUUCACCUGUUUGGCUGUAGAAAAAUUACAAACUGCUCCUUCAGAUACAUGAUGCAUUAACUUUGAUAAUGCAUAUGAAUUAUUAAUGCUUAUGCAUUUCUGACUAUUCUCAUUUUAGGGCAGUGGUAGCCCAGUGGUUAAGAUGUUAGAUUACUGAUCGGAAGGUCAUGAGUUCAAUCCCCAGCACCACCAAGCUGCCACUGCUGGGCCCUUGAGCAAGGCCCUUAACCCUCAACUGCUCAGUUGUAUAAAUGAGAUAAAUGUAAGUCGCUCUGAAUAAGGGCGUCUGCCAAAUGUAAAUGUAAUUAAUUUUGAUAGUGCUAUAAAGAUUUUCUUCAACAGAUAGCAUGAAAGACUGAGGGUCACAGAGCAAUAAUGAGCUAGUUAUUUAACUGCAUAAUUUGCAAAUAAAUAGAAGGUCUAAAUGACAAUAUUUUGAUAAAGAAACACACUCCAACCUGGAGAAAAUCUCCUGUGGAUACUAAAGAUUGAAAUAGUAAUACGUAUCCAAUACAGCAGCCUCUCCGUUGAGAGUAUUGCUACAUGGGCCCAUCACCACUUAUCCCUCAAAGUAGAACAUCUUAGUGGUUGCUCUAAUUAGGUUUUUCUAAAACAUACACACCGCCAGAUUGAAAACAAAAAGAGACAAAAAGUUUGUGACUACAGAUCUACGUGCAACUUUUUUAACACCCUCUAAUUCAAAUCACAUAAUCACAGGAAGCAUUAAGUGUAACUUACCUCGAACAAUUAGCUGUGGAUGCUGAGCAGGCUGUCACUCCUUAUCACAUUAACAGCUGUGGCAGAUGGCUGCAAUGAAACUGAAAUCUAAAAGUACAGAACAGAAAACUGCUUAAAAUAGUAUUCAGCAAAUCUAACAAUUUGUAGAGUGUGUGUGCAUAUAUUCAUUAGGGACUACAUACUUACAUGAACUUCCUGGAGAACUGCAAGUAAAGGAAGUUACACAUCGUAAAAACAUCCUGAGUGAAUAUGAACUGAAAUAAUUCUUGGAAUAUCAAUAACUGAACCUUCAAGAGAUACUAGUUGUACAAUGUUUGAUCUAAAAAAAAAAACAACUCUAGGAAUUUCUAGUUUGAUUUAUUUUAGUUAUAGUUCUUUUAUUAAGUGUCCCUAGAUUUAAAAGUAUCAAUUGACUGUAACCCCACAUGCAUAGCUUAUAAAAUAUCACCACUACAUCAUGCUUUUUCUCUGGCCAUUCUCGUUAACCCAGUUCACCCUGGUGGUGUGGAAGUUCUCAAAUCAAUCAUAGAACCACUGUUAUGUACAUAACCUUCCUUUCAUUGGGGACCACUAGGGUUUUUCCUUUGGAACUAGUGGAGUAUAUCAAAGUCAUCACAAGGGUUCAUAACACGUCCCAGUAGCCAUGCUGUUGAACAGUCUGUGUAGGGGUGUGAUCAAGUGAUGUUUUCAUGAUUGACUUAAGUCUUAGUGCUUUUGCAUGCAAACUCAGGACUUUUUGGCUCAACGUGGGACUGUUUGCCCAGCCAGUGAUCCAGAUAAAGGAUGUACAAACAGACCUUGGCACUGAAGAAGCUCUAAUGGACACACUCUCUGAACACAAUAGAUGCAAAGGUAACCCAAAGGGAAGGAUGGGCCAUUCUGCUGAUAAAGUGGAGAAAUCACUUGUAUUGCACAGCACAGGAAUUGAAAUGUCUUCUUUUUCAUCUUUCUUUUCUUAGACCUAUGAUCAAAACAAAUCAUGAUUGUUCAUAGCUCAGAUUACAUUUGAUAUGUGGAGGUGAUGGAAUGCCAUCCAUCAAUUUUCUGUACCUCUUAUUUUAUCCAACGGGACUUGGGGCACAAGGCAGGGGACACCCUGGACGGGGUGCCAACCCAAUCACAGGGGACAAUCACACAUACUCAGACACUCAUUCACUCACUACGGACAAUUUUGAGAGGCCAAUCAGCCUGUAAUGCAUGUCUUUGGACUGGGGAGGAAACCGGAGUACCUGGAGGAAAUCCCUGAAGGAGAACAUGCAAAUUCCAAGCGCACACGGUGCAGAAGCAGGAAUCAAACCUUUGAGGUACGAGGCAAAAGUGCUACCCACUAAGCCACCACGCCCCAUGGAUGGAUGGCAAUGGUAUAAAGAAGACAUAAAUGUAAAGGCUUCUUAGAUCCAGAAUGCAGGGGAUUUUCACUCCUUUUUGAAGUAGGGACUGGACUCCAUUCAGUAUAGUCAGUUGGUGUUGCACCUUUGUGAGGUGGAUGCCUGCUUUGGUGGUGGUUGGCAGUGAACUGUAAGCAACUGCAUAUACAUUAUAUGGUCAGAAGUAUAUAAGUAGUCCAAAACCAUGGCCAGUGAUGUGGAGUACAUUCCCCCUUUGCUGCUAUAACAGCCUCCACUAGAUGUUCAACUAGAUUUUGGAAUGUAGCUUUAGAGGGCAGGUCUCUUUGCAGGCCACUUGAGUUCUUCCAGACCAACCAUGGCAAACCAUGUCUUUAUGGACUUCACUUUGUGCACUGGGGCAUUGUCAUGCUGGAACAGGUUUGGGCCUCUUGGUUCCUGUGCAGUUUCAACUCUAGUAAUGGCAAACAAGGAUGUCUAGUGGUAGCUUGCUGCCUCAAAAUAUCUGUUUGUUGGACAGAGGCAGGUGACAAUCUAAUGCUUCGAGGGCCUGUGCACCAAUGACCAGUUUCACUACUAGCAGCAGGUUGUAAAGUGUUUUUAUCUGGCUUCCAGCAAUUGUGUUUUAGCUCACCAACUUCCCUUACUGCUUUAAAAAUCCCAGUGAUCUGCUGCACUCCACUGCUAUGUUUUCCAUUGCUUAGAUAUCCAUUGCUCCUGCUAUUAUGCUCAUUAUAUUAUUAAGGACCAAGAACAACAGUGCCCCAUUUUAGGGGUACAGCGCACAUUUCCCACAGCGUCCUAGGCUUUGUGAUCCAACAUGUUCUUUAUAUUUGGCUGAAUGGCACUCAGAUUUACUUGCAGAGCUUCAUCAACCUGUACCACUAGUGAAACCAUCAGUGUCUGUACCAGAGGCAUUAUUCUCAACCUUAGUGCUUCUGCAUCUGCAAUUGAAGCCCCUUUUUCAGGUCACAACUAUUAUGCACUUUCGAGUGUGCAUAAGGGCUCUUUAAUGAAGUUGGGCAUUGUGGCAUAUCUUUCCCGACUAUAUCUCAGAGAGGUUAGGCAUUUGAUCAGCUCUGUCGAGUAGACGAUCCAAUUUUACUAAGACAGCCUUAAUGUCAGCCUGCAGAGUUACACGCCUGCUUAUCUCUUUUUGAUCACCAGAAUACACUGUUGGAGGGCUCUCAGCACUCUCCACCAGGGUGGGCUCAUUAUUCAAGUUUAGAGAAUGAGAAGCAGCCAGAGAGAGUACUUUAUAAUUUCUGUAUGUGAGACAGCUGUACAAAGAUGGACUUCACUGCACUGAGCAGCUGAGUUUGUUCCCAUUUCAGUUCCUGCCACGACAAUGUGGUGAAGAAGCUUACCUUUUUCUUCCUAACAGCCCAGCAGCCAUGUCUGCUGUUCAUUUCGGGCCAUGUCAGAGGACGAUAAUGAAUAGUCAGCAGUAUUUACAUAGCUUGACAGUUUCAUACUUAACUAUUGGCAUUAUGCUUCAGUUAAGUCAAGGCUUGUCGAAGAUGCUCAAACCUCAACAUUUUGGGCAUUGAUCAUUGUCCAUCAUCCAACUUGGGGCCUGGCAGAAAAAAACAGCUCGCCAUCCUGCACUGAAAUAUAAGAGGCUGGGAAAGCUCAACAAUUCACAACAAGUUAUGAAUUUAUAAAAUUAUGAAAUUAGUUACUUUUUGUCUGCAGUGUCCAUACAACUUCACGCCAAAGCAAACAAUGGAUCAUGUGUCUGCUCUAAGGACACAGUCAACUGAGGCAAGAAUAGUAAUGAGUCAAACACUAAAAUUACCAUCAUCCAAAGUGUGUGCACUCUCAUCUGGUUUAACAGUAACAAAAUUAGCAAGAACAAAGAAAUGGAGCACUAUUCUUAGAGCUUUGAAUCCAAUUCUUGACAAGAUGAGAAUAGGAAAGAGGAUGAGCAUGACAUUGUGGGUACUUUUUAUAGGCUACCCAUGUGAGGCCAUGAUCACAGUCAUAAAUUUGAUAAUGGUAGUUGGCAAGGAAACAAGCAAAUGAGAAUACUCCAGGUAAUCCAGAAUUAAAGGAUACCACAGAAAAUACACUCAGUAGCUAACUCUCCUCUAUCACAUGACAACUACCAAUAAGGAAGGGUGGGGCAAUAGGUGCUCCCUCCGAGCCAUGUGAAGCCACCUUUCACAUCUUUAUGAACUGCAUCUGCCCUAUUGCAUGCAUAAUCUCACAAACACCCACCACUGGCUAGUGUCAAUCUGACUGACGGGGAGAGAAAGUAUGCCAUCCCUCCCACCCAGAAAGCAUGGCCAGUUUGCUUUCUUGGCUCCCGUCCAUGGAUGGCUGUGGCAUUAUCAGGAUUCAAACCCGCAAUCUCAGGACAAUAGGGCAAACGCUGCUCUGUUGCUCCACUUGGGAGCGGAAAAUACUUGUUGGAUACUGAGUCGACAUUCAGCAAAGAUGCUCUGGGUGAUAUUCGUUAUACUCUUCUUUAAAUGUUAUCAAUAUUAAAAGCCAUUGUCUGAGAAAUACUGCACACAAAACAUUUUAUUAAAAUGUUUUUCUCUUAUUGUGUAGCUACAUUUUCUGAUCUUUUAACAACAGGUGCACAGUUUGCCAAAUAUCUGGUGAUUAUCAAGUGCUGAGACAACUUGCAGUGAAUUUGUGUCCUGCCUCUGCCUCAAGGCGUUAGUCUAAUCUCCAUUUCACUGCCCAUCCAAACUCACAGUUAUUUUCAAAUCAUUUACGAUGUGUAAUGAGCUUUGUUUUCCCACAGGACCAUUUUGCACCAGCUGUGUAGAUCAAUGCAUUUCAUGACUCAAGGGAGUAUUUAAAGAUUCCAGUUGUGAAAGUAAGAAUAAGAUAAGAACAGGCUUACAUGACAAUUAUUAAAUGAAAUCAAUAAAAUUAUUAAAAACGUUACCCACCUCAUUUAAUCUGGUAAUUGUUUUAUUCAGAUUGGCUCAAUCAGUUUAUUCUUUUGUGGAUGAGGUGUAUACUGAAAUAUUUUUUUAGUCCAAGCUGUCAGUCGGAUUAAUAAGCCACAUCUAAACAUAAUUAUUAACGCUCCUCAUACAGGUAUGUUCAGUGUAACCAUGACAACAAGUAGAAAUCGUUAAGCACAGCCUGCAGUCCUUGCUAAUGUUUUUUGCUGUUGCUGUGUUAUAAUUAUAUUAGUAUAUAGAUGUAUUAGAAUUAUAAUUACAAAGUGCUAAAAUAAAAACUAAUUGACCUCUACAGUAAAGUCACCUCUCUAAUGACACUGUGUUGUUCCAACACCUCAUUUCACAUUAUAUAGUUAACAUAGAUAAUAACAUGAUUAUCAGAGGAUUGUAAAUAUCUUUAUAAUUAUCUUUAUUCCGUUCAUUUAUACAAGAUCAAAACAUAAGAAAUUAUAUCUUCUUCUGUGAUAUUUUUCUUUCAGUGGCAGAUAUGUGACCUGAGGCAGAAAAAAACCAGCUGUUAAAACACACACUGAUUUAGUCUGAGAAGCAUUUAAUUUCUUCCCUCAAUGCCAUUAUGUCUUCAGCAGUAUCCACUUUGACAGCAAUAUUAGACAUUUUGGUAAUAACUAUUAGAAAACGUCAUUGCAGAAAUGCUAAAUUAGGCAUAAACAAUCUAAUCAAGUCAGUGCAUCAAUCGAAACACAGAUCUCUCCCUCCCAGAUUUGAUGGACGAAAAUGACAGCUUAAUAUUUUGAACAACACUGAAUUAUUUACGGUCACAUUUUAAUUGUAUUAUUAUUUAUUUAUUGCCACAUUACACAAUAUAUUUGAUAAUUUAUAUACUAAUUAAACAAUUUAUUAAUUAUUUAAUAUACUCCAAUAUAUGCAAUAUAUAUAUCCUCCAUAUGGCAAUCCAGAUACUCCUUUCUUGGAGCUGGAGUAGUGUAGUUUUGCUUCAGUGACAUAGUCUUGGAGAGAGAUCAACCAUGUUCAUUUGAAUAUUAGGGCCAUAUCCAGACAGUCCAGACAAGGAAAGAGGCUUCUUGUUCUUCUUUCAGCUGCUCCUGUUAGGGGUCGCCACAGGAGAUCACUGGUCUGCAUAUUUGAUUUGGCCCAGUUUUUACGCCAGAUGCCCUUCCAGAUGCAACCCUCCCCAAUUUUACCCGGGCUUCGGACUGGCACUGGGAGUGCACUGUUGUGUACUGGAGCUGGUUUCCUGGCCAGGAAUUGAACCCAGGCUGCGGAGGUGAGAGUGCUGAGGACUAACCACUAGUCCUCCAGGGACGCAAAUAAGGAAAGAGGCUACUUGGUUUAAAAAAAAAAAAAAAAGUGAAGUGUUUCCACAGAAUCUAAAUUCAUUUUCUGAAUACAUUUACUAAACUCUGUAAAUGUAUUUGGUCAAGCUUUUGAGUUUUUCUCAAAAGCCUUUCCACUCUUGUCAUAAUACCAACAAAAAUCUGGACUCACAGACUUUUUUUUUCUUUUCAAAAACCUCCACUGGUGUUGAGAGCCUAAAUUGUUGCCUGAAAUAGCACACAGAGUACCCCUUAAAACUGACAAAAUCUGUGCUCUUGACACUGUUCUCCUUAACAGCUUUCAGGAUUUUGAACAGGGGUUCAAAUAUUAUGCUGACUUCUAAGUCCAUCUCUUUACAAAUCAGAACAAGCUGCAUGCGAUGUGCUUAACAUUAGACAUUUUUAUGCAUAAAAAAUAUCUGCCAGUGAGACUGCGACUUUUUUAUAAAGCAGAUCCUGAAAGAUUUGUAACUUCAAAGUGUGCAGAAAAGAGCAGCCAAUGUGUCUGAGCAAAACAUUCUUGCCAUUAUCAUCAGUAGCUAAUAAUACAAGUCUCUUUCCAGUUGAAGCACAGCAUAUGCCUAGAAUAGAUAAAUUUGCUAACAAAGCAGUUUACUAUUAUUGUUACAUUAUUGCAUUAAGAAAGCUGUUUGCUUUAGCAACAUAGCAGGGCAAGUAACGAAUGCCAUGGGGCCACUGUCUUCCAUUCAUCGACGACAGAAAACCAUGUGCCUUUAAGUGUGUGUAGAUUGUUUCAAAUGUCAAUAAAUUCACAUAUACCAAAAUAUUCAUUAUUUCUGAUUAAAUGGAACCUAGUGAAGGUGCAAAAACAGUGACACACUUUGUGCUACAUGUUUCUAAAUGGGUUGAGUAGAUUGACUAGACAAAUUAAUAGGUUAAAUUGUGGGAUCACUCGGUAGGAUGAUAAUGAUCAACUAGAGAAAUGAGUGGGUUGCAGGAUGAGUAGGCUGAUUUGAGAGAUUUGCAUGCUAAAAAUGGGGCUAAGUGAACCAAGUUAACCCUUGUGAUGGUGGUUACCUGAUUAAAUAUAAAUACAAGAAGGCAAACUAGUGAUAUCAGUAAGCUAAAAAGGGAUUAGCAAGUAGACUAACAAGUGGGUUCACUAGACAGGGUAGUACACUAACUAGUGGCAUGUGCAGGAGAAAUAACAGGAUCCAAAGGAUAAAUAGUAGAAUGAGUAAACUAGAGGUUUGAGUAUGCUAGUGGAAUGUUUGGUAAAUAGAAAUAAUAAGCUAGUAUGCUAACAACUGAUGUCUGAUAAAUAGCUGGAUGUGUGGUUUAACUAGUAGGAUAUUUAGGCUAACUAUCAUGAUAAAUAGGCUAACUAUUGCUGUGAUUGAUCUCUAACUGUCUCUCAGUGAGGAAAACCUUUUUAGCUUUGUUAGGCUGUGCCAAAUAAAGAGAAGAUAGGCCUAGCUGUAGCAAAAAGGAUCAGAGGUAAUUGCUUGUUUAAAAGCUUAUUGCUUCUAUGGUCCUUUAUUCUCCUACAAAUCUGUGUAAUUCUUUUGAUUGAUAUACAAAAACUGAAAUAAAGAGUGAGAUAAUCAGAAUAGACUGAUGUGUGCAUGAAUAAGUAUGUAAAUUCAUGGUGAAGUUUUGAGAAGAUGGCAGAUGUGGGUGCAUUCUGUUGUAAAUAAAGCACUGCUGACGUAACCCGAUUAUGUGAGUAACAGCUAAGCUCCUGCUUCUACUUGGAGUCUCAAGCGUUACAAAAAUGCUUCAAGACUUCUUUAGGCAUGGGGAUAAAAAAAAAUGAGAAAUGGAAUUCAGAUGCUCACAGAAUGUUCAAGUUUAGAGGCUGUGUAAUAGCUGUAGUUCUAGUGUAUCGUGACUUUAGUACUCAUAAGGGUCUAUUUUCCAUUCAAUAUUAACCCAGAUAGAACCUUAUAGUACUAAGGUAAAAGUCCCAAAUUCACAUCACAUCAAAAUGUAAUAUAAAAAUACAUAAUUAAUAAGCAUGUUUUCUCGAUUUUAGCUGUCCGAAGCUCACAAAGACAGUUCCCCAGUGGACUCAAGAAGAAUCUGAAUCGUAAUACAAAUACAUUGUUCAGAAAGAACAGUGUUUUGAACGGAUACAAAUACAGAUAUGAAUAGGAGUCUCACUAUUCGUACAUGGGCCGAUGUACAAUGCAUUUAUUCAAUCAUUCUUAGUAACUGCAUAGAAAAUAUCACAGAAAAAUAAUAACAAGAGCAGGAUUAAACAAACGAACAAAAAAAACUUUUUCCGCCACACCCACUUUGAAUCCGAAUACAGAUACAGAUAUGAAUAUUUGACGCGCUAACCAGAAACAGAUAUGUGUUACACCCCUACUAGACAUGCAGAGAUGCUUAACAUCCUGUAUGGUUAAAUGCUUGCUGCAUUCUGCUCUGGUGCUCAUAGUCAUAGCCCAUUUAUGACUAAGAUUGCUUCCCCACAUGGGCUUAACACACUCCAGUCUCAGCCUGAAUUCUAUCCCUACAGCCAAAAUGUGUUUGUUUCAUGCUGACAGGGAGAUCAUAGAGCCUCUCCCUGAUGAAACCAUGGAUUUACACACUGUGCUUGAGCGGAAUGAUCCACCCCUAAAAUGCCACAUAAAACCACUCUCCUACUGAUGCUUGAUAACCCACACUGAGCAUCUUGCAAUAAAAAGCCCAUUUUGCAUAUUGCAUAUCAAUAAAUGCACUUUAUUGAGUGUUGUAUUUUACAAGGUCUAAGCAGGGAAUGGUAAGCUGCUAUUUAGCAUUGAGUCAAUGAGGCUCAUGGAUGAGAAGAAUCCGAUUCUAGAGAGAUUCUUGAAUAUGAGAUGGAAUGGCGCUACUACAGGCCUGGUGCUACACUUUGAUUUUGUAUAUGAUAGUUGAUAUAGUUCUGGCUUGGUCAGCGACCAAGUGCUGCCUUGAAACAUCAGCAUUUGGCAGCCUUGGUUUGGGUGACACUUAGCAAAUGAUAAUCAUUUUUGGUAGUCUGUUGUGAGGUCUGUGAAUGCUGGCAGGGAAAUUAAUUUGCUUCUUCUAAAAAGCCUCUGCGCUAUGCUCUCAAGAGUAUUAAAACAGUAAACACCAUGUAUACGAUACAGGGCAAAAGUAUUGGGCAUUGUGAGAAAAUUCUGUCUAAACAAUUUAUCUUGAUAACUCUAUUUGUCUGUAAUAGAAACGUGUUCAUGUUCGUCAACAUCAUUCCACUGGUUUCGAUUAGAUCUCCUCCAUCACUGGCUGAAAUUCUUCCCCUGGCCAUGACUGUACCCUUUCUGUGAUUUACACACAUUUUCUGACAAGCAUCCAGGUGUUUUACUUUCCAUCCAUUGAUCCAUUCUCAUAACGGGACUCGGUGCACAAGGCAAGGGACAGUCUGGACAAGGUGCCACCCCAUUGCAGUGCACAAUCGCACACACACUCACACACCCAUUAUGGACAAUUUGGAAAUGCCAAUCAGCCUACAACGCAUGUCUUUGGACUGGGGGAGGAAACCGAAGUACCUGGAGGAAACCCCUGAAGCAUGGGGAGAACAUGCAAAGGGUGGAGGCUGGAUUCGAGCCCCCAACCCUGGAGGUGCGAGGCAAUAGUGCUAAACACUAAGCCACCGUGGCCCACUGGUACCUUAUUAAAUUAAAAUAACAUUAUAUAAUGUUUUUCUAUUCCAAUCAAAACUACCAUUUCUCAUUUUCUGUAUUUUUACUGCAUUCGGCCCUCAACCUGCCCUCUCAGAGUCCGGAGUUCUCCUGGUAACUGUAUUUCUGAUUCAUAUAUGCUCGUUUUUUUUUAUCAAACACCAACAGCUUUGGCCAGCUUUAUUAAAAAAAAAAAAAAAAAAAAAAAAGUCAGUGAGCCAUUCAGGAGCCAAAUUCUGAGCCGAUUCUAAUUGCUGGUUUUAACUGACUGCUCUGGCUCAAUAAAAAGAGCCUGAAUUCCCUUCACUAUAGGUUCUAGCAUAAGUAGAACUUAUAUUCAUAACCUAUAUAAGUAACUAGGAGUUCAAGGCACUCUCAUGUAUUAGGAAUCUUGAAUUUUUUACUCCUUUAUGCUGAGCCACUGAGGUAAGAUGAUGGCUUUUUUUUUUUUUAAUAAAAGUGAGACCAUAUUGAGAUAAUAUUUCAAGGCCACAAAAUAAGUACCUCAUGACCACGAAUUAUUAUAUUGUGUCUAUGACAUAUCAAUGUGUCAUAUCAAUUAUGUUGUGGCUAUGACAUACUUAUAUUCAAUAUUAAUUAUUAUGAAAGUCUAUUCUUUUCUUUUCCUUUUUUUUUUUGAGAAUUUGCUUAAGGUGACAUGGCCUAAUGAUAUAUCCAUAUCACAAUACCAAAGCCUCCAGUAUGUUUUUAUGUGUCUUUCCAUGAUGGAAGUUAUGUGUAAUAUUAAUAUUAAAUUCGUAAUAUUAAAUUUGUGGCCACAGUGGUCUAAUUCAUUUGACUUCUCAGUGUCACUCAUUUUAAAAUAUGAUAGUCGCCAUGUAAAAGGUCUCAAGAAAUCUAACUCACAAGAAGCUUACUUGUGGCCUCAAUAUAUUAAUUUGUGGCCAUCCCUUAUUAAAAAAUAACCACCAUGUCACCUCAGGGGCUCCAUACGUACAUAUAAGACCAUGACGCAAAAUGAUGAUCAAUUCCGUAUUCUGUGAGCCUUGAUGAAUCCUGAUCUAACAUAGCCAUGUGUGUUAAGUGAUGGACUCAGUUAUGUAUCUAUGGAAAUAAGGUUUGUAUUUGCAUCUUUCUGCAUCACCUGCUUGGACAUGAAGUAAAAUCCUUCUUGCGUACCUAAUCAAUCCCUACCCUCUCCAGCUGUAUGCAGAGAAGUGUGUAAGCUCAGCUGAUUGACCAUCUACCGGACUGCCUGAGCUCCACAUUACAGUGUAGAUCUGCAGUAUUUCACCAGCAACACACAUCAGGGAUGAGAGAACGAUGAGAGGGGCGACAGCAAAGUGACUAGAGAACGAGUGCAAGCUGUAGAGGGAAGCUAACAAGCUCGUCAACAGGCUUGUGCAGAGAUGAAUUAGAAGAAAAUAUGGCAUGAAAGAGAAGUGGUUAACUCUUGAGUGUUCUAACCUCAUUAGCAUAUAUUAUGUUACUUAUUAAUGAAGUGCUGCAGUGUUGUGUGUGUGCGCGCGCGCGUGUAUGUGUUUUCACCCAACUCUUAUCUUCUCCCUUUGUAAAUGGUCUGACACAUCUCAUGCAUUUAGUCACUCACAGCUGAGCUUUUUCACUGCUUAAUUUCAUUAAGAUAAUACACGCACUUAUUAAGAUCCAUAUCAAAACCGACUGAUAAAUGUUUCUUAUCCCCAAGACACCACCACCACCCUUGCUGUAAAAGUGUUCUCAUGAACAAACCCACACAGAUCAGGGAGCAUUGUUUCUAAUCCUUCUGAUUUGUUGAGGUACGGUAGCCUCUGUGGACAUCUUCAUCUGUGCAGCUUCUCCACAGCUGUUUCCAAGGAGAAUUAUUGGCAAAAAGAAGACAUCGAGAACAAAGAGAGAGAUAAGAGGGAGGAAGAGAGAGAGGGGGAGAGAGGCAGGGCAUGGACGUAGAGGAAGAGUGAUUGCUUCAGAGUCUCAGAAUGAAGGGAUGAUGUUCGGGGGUUGAUGAAUGGAAGAUUGGAGUGAACAGGAGAGAGGGCAUGGUGAAGAGAUGGAAAAAUGUUCGAAACGAACAGACACAAAGUGAUCCUGCACCAAUAUCACUGUAAAUUUAAUUUCCUGUCUUUUCCUCUGAUCUGCAUGUCUCCCAAGCAAGCCACAGCAGAACCACAUGAAAGCCUGAAGAUGAGUUCCUGUGCAUUUAGAUAGAUAAUGUCAGGUCUGUGCUUGUUAGAUGCUGAAUUAUUGAACAACACCUCAAAGAAUUGUUGCGAGGCAUCAACAGUGGCAUUCGGCAUUGAAAAGUAUUAUUUUCCUUUGAUAUAUGAGCAUUACAGUAUUAAAAAUGUACCAUCUGAGAGCAAUGCAUUAUCUUUUUGACAGACAUUAAUGCUUGAGUUUAGACUAUUGUUCACAUUUUGCUUCUUGAUGAUUGCAUUAUUAUGAAAAAAAAAACUUUCUUCACUAUACAUACAAUAUACAAAAUUACAAUUUUCACAUUGGCAGUUUUGAUUGUUCAUGGAUGUUAGAUCAGUAAAAAAAAAUAAAAUAAAUAAAAAUCUAUAUCUAUAUGUAAUGGACAUUUCAAAAAUGUGGAAUAUCUGAGAUCUCUGUUACUGUCUUUAAAAUGGGAUUAUUACAAUACACUAUGUAUAUAGCCAAAAUUAUGUAGAUGCCUGAAUGUGACCCCGUUUGUGGGCCUUUCCCAAACUUUUGCCCCAAAGUUGGAGGCACAUAAUUGUAUAGAAUGUCUUUUUAUGCUGGAGCGUUAAGAUUUCCCUUCACUGGAAAUAAAACAGUGAAAACAGGCCCAAACCUAUUCCAGCAUGCCAGCUACACUCCAUGCCUCAGCUUAGACAUCAGUACGCAACCUCACUAAUACUCUUGUGGCGGAAUGGGCAAAUCCCCACAGCCACACUCCAAAAACUAAUGGAAAGCCUUCCCAGAAGAGUGGAGGCUGUUGCAGCAUAAAAGGGGUUUGGGGGAGGGGAGGAUAACUCCAUAUUAUUGCCAUGCCUUACUAUGGAUACUAUGCUCAACAAGAAUACUAUGUUCGACAAGGUGUCCAAUUAGGGCCAUAUAGUGUACCUUGUAUUAAACGCCAUUGGCAAAUUCAUGUACAUUCCAUAUUUGAUCAAAUGAUCUGGAUAUGAUCCAUAUUGAUACAUCCUGGGUGAAAUCUCUCAUGAACAAAUCACCGGUUUCUAUAGUAACAGCUAAUUCACAGGGCCUUGUAUGUAUGGUGGAUGAUCCAUAAAAUCUAAAACUUAUAAUCAACAGAUUUUUUAAAUGUGCUGUUAUUUAACAAAGAAUAACAUUAACAAUAACUGACUUGUUUCACAGAGUUCAAUAUUUAAUAUAACUAUAAAAUGGAUCAAAAUUUCAUUGUCUUGUUCUUUAAUUAGUUAAAAAAAAAUGCUAUCAAUGUACAAAUUGCUGUGGUAUAAGAGGAAUAAAAGACUUUGGGACAUGCUGUUAUAGGAAAAUAAUUAUCUUCAGGGUGUUAACAGUAACUGUUACUCUGUUGUUCACAGCAUGCUCUGUCAUGUUUUAUUCCUCACAUAGGACACUAGGCUAUAUGCAGAGAGGUGACAUGUCCCAGGUGGCUCUGUUAUGCUGUAUGGGACAUUUUGCUGGCAUGGAUCCACUUUGGAUAAUUUAGCUGAAGCAAGGAUAUUUUUUUGUUGUAAUGGCAUUAAUUUAAUCUAUUAUCAGCAGUUACAUAAAUUUUUAUGAUCCAUAUUUUACUACACACUCAGUUAGAUGCACAUUAAUAUUGUAUACUUUAUUUAAUCUAGUCUUAAUUGCAGCUCACAUCGGCACUGCAAUAUACAACAACCAUUGUAUAUUGGCAAUAUUUUUGUAAGUCUUGUGCAGCCCUAUUGAACACAGGUGCUUCUCACAGUCCUUCUCUUACCAAGCCUUAGUAAAUUGUAGGCUUCCAUUGCUGAAAACACUAAAACUCAAAAACUGACAUGACCUCACUGUCCCUGGGUGAAGACCCUGUCAGUCCCAAUAUAUGUGACCCCCAGCACAGUGUGUCAGCCUGCUGAGUAGAGCUGCUCUGUACAUGAUUGGUCAGUAAUGAGCUUAAUGGAGACUCGGUUUCAGGAAAUUUCUGUUAGAAACCGAGCCCAUCCUGUGAGAACAGAGUGAGAGAGUAAGGGGAAGAAUGUGAUAGAGAGAAGCAUAGGAUGGGGAGUUAAAAACUCUUAACAGUUUUGUCAUCAAACUAAAAUAAAAAAAAUAAAAAAAAUCCAGUUAGCCACUCUGUUCUGCUAUCGGCAGAUGUUUUGCUUUUCUGAUGCUAUUGUGCUUGUCUUUUAUUCCGCCAUCUCUUACAUUUUUCAUUGGACUACUUAAGAGAAGGCCUUGGGGCCUCUUUUGCUUGUUUGCGUGCUGCCAGGUAUUGCUGUUAGCUUGCUUGUGGUGAGUGAUGAGAGAAGAGUUCAGGACAGUGCUGAAGAUAAAAAGUCUAUGAUUUUAGACAUCCAACUGGAAAAGGUAUGAUGAAUGCCCAGAUCUCUUCACAAUGGUAGCCGCAUAAAUAUCUAUGCUUUCUUUGCAAUCACACAUAUUUAUGAGUCACAUACACACAUCUCUCAGCCUAGUAGACAUUAGGAACACAUUUUCUCCAAAAACAGUUAUUCUCUUGAAUAAUGCAAUGUAUUUUGCUAUGCCAAACUUUUUUUUUUGCCCACUGCACUGCUCUGAAACCUUAUUUGUAUGAAUAAUUUCUUGUUGGUUUUCGAACCACAGUAAUCACAGGGUAGUCUAUUUAUUUGAUCGGUUAUGAAUGAAGGAUUUGAUGCACAAGGUUUCUAUAGUUAAAAAAAAAAAAAAAAAAAAGAGAGAAAAUCAGUAUGUUCCAAGAUGCAGCUCAUGAAGAAAAAAAAAAAAAAAGUUCACAAUUUUACAUUGCUUUGACAGCAUGCCUGCCAGCCUUCUGUAAGACUAAUCUUAUUAAAAUUAAAGCUCUAAACAUUUGUGUGCUAACAUCUGCUGCUUUGGUUAGCUACUAAUUAAGAAGGCAUCUUGCUGUACCUUACAGGGUUAUAUCACAGAACAAUGUUGCAUAAUGAGAAAAAUGUAUAAAAACAUGGAGAAGACAAAAUAAACACAAGGCUUUUACAUGACUGCAAAUUACAGAAAGACAUGCACAAGCUGAAGACAUCAUUCUGUCACUACCCUGGCCUCCAUCUAUCUAUGGACUUAAUGUAACAAAACAAAAAUGCCAUGGUCUACCAUGUUUUCAUGAAAUCAUACCAAAUGUUAAUAUUGUAAUGUGAUCUUUCAUGUGCACCAAUCUAAAUGUUUAUUUUGAGUCCUAGGAGUAACCAGCAUUCAUUGGUAAAUGUAUUGCCUAGCAAUACUCAAAGAAGGUUAACUUUUUAGUUAGAUAAGUUAGCUAACCAAUUCUUCUGCAAAAUGUUAGCUAGCUAAGUUAGCCUGCUAGAUAGGCUGCAUAUUUAAUAAUGUUCCUCAAUCUUCGGGAAUUCCAACGCCAAGAAUCAUCUGUCUAUAAAGAUGCCCACGUGCCUGCUCUCCUCCAACUGAUCUCACCUGUUAUUCAUUCACUCUCAGUGUACACGUACACACACACACACACACACCUCAGUUCUCUCAGUUCAUUGCUAAAUCUUGUUAGUGCUACUUCACCUCUCAUUACUAGGCCUUUGUAUUUUCACAGUCCAGGCUGUUUACAUGUUAAUGACCGUCAGUCUCACCCGUUGGUUUUUGCUCCCUGUUUUGCCACUUUUUAGUCAUUUGCUCUCUGCUUUUAUACGAUUUUUGACCUUUUUGCCUGUUUUCAUCUCUGCCUUCACCUGCUGUUUUUGUUCUGUUUAUCUCACGCCAUGUUUGCUAAUAAACCAUGGUGUUUAUAUUAACCUGCUGUUUGUCUGUGCUAGUCUCGUCAAAGCCUGACCUUAAGCAGGUUGCAUUAACAAAAAGUCACUUUUAUGACUAAAGUUAUGUGCCUCAGAGAUCAUAUUACAUUGUUUAACAUUUCAAACCAAAAUACAAUACCAAAAAGAAAAAAAAAAAAAAUUAUCAAUUUUUUAAGAAAAAUCAGGUCUGCUUGAGCAGGGGCUUUGGUAGCGUAGCCUCUGUUAGCAUAGCCUCUGUUGGCAAUCUCAAAGACCAUAAUAUAUACAGGUGGUAAGAGUGGUGAAAAAGUGAAGCCAGAAUGAGGCCCACUAGUGGCUCUCUGCAGUACAAUAGUUACAAUAGUUCAAUAUUUAACCCCACCCAUUUCCAUGUAAGUGCACAGAGAAUAAACCAAACUUUCGCAUUACAUGUGAAAGCAUCGUCAGCUCACACUGAUCUCUCUCGCAAUAUUUUUGUGUACAAUAAAUCUAUUUUUAAAUGAGUUAUUUGAUAAUUAUAGAGGCAUGGUUAAUGAUGUGAUUGACAAUUUUGGACAUGACAGUCAAGCGCAUGCAUUUUCCAUCACACACCUGAAGCACUUGACCGUUCCAUAGCAAAGCCAUGUCUUGUUCUGGUGUAAACUGUUCUAUCUAUUCUAACUAAUUUUGCAGUUUUUCAGUAUGUUGCUCAUGUCUAAGCAAGCUUGUUGUACUGAUAUUAUAACUAGCAAACCAGCAUGAGUGAACAAAAUGAUGAUAUAAACUAAAGCAGCUAACACCAGCUAAAUUUCACAAUCAUUUACUAUUGACUGCAAGAUGAAAGCUAGAGGAAAAUCAUGGAGCAAUUUUUUGCUCAAAACAUAGGCUGUGUUGAGUCUAAAUGUUGACUGCUGCUCACCAGAACAUCACAUUAGCAUGUUAGCUAGCUAGCUAGCAAUCUGAUAUCUGAUCUCAGUCAGUCGUGACUCAUGCCAGUCGGCAGAGACAGAUGCAGUUGUAGAUGAGCACUUUCCUUAGAAGGCAGACAGACAAAUCCGAAACAUGAAGCAAAAAUAUAGUCAAAAACAGGCACAGAGUGUGGUGAUCACAAAACCAGGAAAGCAGGCACAGUAAACAAAGGUUCAGUAUGUCUGGCAAAUAAACACAGGAUGAUAAUUUGCAGUGAGUGAGUGCUGUGAAAGUGCUUAAAUAGCAGUGUGUGAUUGAACUCAGGUGUGUGUGAUCAGUAAUCGGGUGACUGUGAACGUGACAAUGGGUGUGAGUGUGAGUGACGAGAGUUGUACUUCAUGUUGGCCAUGUUUUGUAGGCCAUUGUGUUCUCUGCGAAAUUGAGUCCGAAGCCUGACAUGACGACUCAAAGCUUUAAAAUCUUUUCCUGACAAAGGGUUCCUGUUCUCAAAGUAGGGUUCCUGUUACCAAAAGAGGGACAUAAACCCAGGGCAUCUGUGAUAUUUUGAUGAACUGCAAAGGAGCACCGUUACCUGGAUUCCCGUAAGUGAAUUCCAACUGCAGGAGCAUUGGUCAGUCUUCAGAGAAGAGUCUUUCCCCUACUGCUGAUAAUGGAACUCAGUUUGCAGAUGAGGAAGCACUGACUCCAGCGCAGCCCUGUCGCGCCCACAGCGCCCGCUCUCGGCCCGGGCGGCCCACCAUGGCCCAGCUAUGAAGGGCUACCAGGUGAGCCGCAGCCUGUCACAACACUCAUCCGGGCCAUGCCACUGUACACCUGAGGACUUUGAGGCCACGCGUGACUACUUACGCCAUGCAGACCACUCGUACUACCCACCUGGUGGACCACCUGAGCCCCUGGCACUGCCCCCUUCUGGAGGAGGCACUUUCCCACGCUCUCAUUCCACUCAGCAGCAGCCGUUUGACUCAUGCGAAGAAUGCUUGUCUUCGGCUGGGCAUGGACACGGGCAUGGACAUGGGCAUGGACACGGGCACCCAAAGAUGCACCGCAUCCCUCCUAACCUGCUGGAUCAGUUUGAGAAGCAACUACCCUUGCACCCAGAUGGCUUCCAUACUCUACAGUACCAGCGCUCAGCCAGUGGGGAGCAGCGCAGCGAGAGUCCCAGCCGCAUCCGUCACCUGGUGAACUCCGUCCAGCGCCUGUUCGCCAAGUCACAUUCACUCGAGGCACCAUCCAAGCGUGAGUUCAAUGGAUGCAAAGAUCGUGACCGAGAACGAGGCCAGCGCAGUGGAGGUGAAGAAGGCACAGGGCACCACCACCCAGGUUCACAUCAGUCACGCUCAACCCGCCGCAACAAGAGUCGGGAGCGCAGCAAGAGCGGAGACUCGCGCCAUGAUUCCCGGCAUUCCUCACGCCACCGCAGCAAGACAGCUGGCUGGUGGAGCUCUGAUGACAACCUGGAUAGUGACAGUAGCUUCCUGGUGGCUGGAGGCAGGGGGGCAGGACGGGGAUACCCACCAGGUCACGAAACCCUGGACGCAGCCAUCCAGGAGCUAACCUUGAAGAAGGGAAGAAGGGAAGGUCCUGCUCCUGGAGAGUGCCUAGCAUGCAGCACCAUGGGCAGGGUAGGAGAUAGUGGGCAUUCGCUUAAGAGGAGCACCUGGUCAGCCAUGACAGUCAACCAAGCCAGAGAAGCAUAUCCUGCCUCUCGGGGAGGAGGACCAGGUUACGAUAAGGCUCUGGUACCUCUGGAUGCUAAGUUGAAGGAGCGUAAUCUCCAUUACCUACAGGUUCCUUCUGAUGAGUGGGGUGGAGGGGGAGUGUCAGAAAGCGGAGGAGAGAUCCCGUGCAGACGCAUGCGCAGCGGCAGCUACAUUAAGGCCAUGGGUGAUGAUGACAGUGCAGACUCAGACACCAGCCCCAAAACCUCACCAAAACGUUCACUCAUUGCUCAGAGAGAUGCUUUCCGGCGUUCCAUCAGCAUGGACCAGCGCUCUUCUACAACCAAGUACUCGUGUAAACAGUGUACAGAUUCCUAUUCAAACAGCCGUACCACACCGAAAGGACAUGCACGCUCUCGGAGCUACACACGCUCCCUGACCAGCUCACAGCUGGGGGACACGCUGAAUCGUCAGUUCGAGUCAGUGUGUGAGAGCAUGUUUGGAGAGAUAGAGUCUCAGGCUGUGGAGGCCUUGGAUCUGCCCGGCUGCUUUCGUACACGCAGCCAUAGCUACGUGCGUGCCAUCCAAGCAGGCUGCUCCCAAGACGACGACUGCCUGUCCGUCUUCUCCAUGUCCGGCCCUCAGGGGAGUGUCAAGGGUGGAGCAGUGUUCCCGUAUAGGAAAGGCCCGCCUCCACUUCCUCCACGCAUGUCCAAGCCGAUGAUCUCAAUAACAGCACAAAGCAGUACUGAGUCCACUCAGGAUGCCUACUUCCAGAGUCGGCCCAAACAGCACAGUAAUUCUGUGGACCUGAGCGAGAGCUCCAGAGGGGGGUACUACCCAAGUGGGGGUGCAAUACGCAUCAGACAGAGCAGCAACUCCACAGAGAGCGUAAGCAUGGAUGGUCGAGCCUUGAGGGACUCCGGCUAUGUGGGAGGGACAGGAGCCAUGAGGCCCAAGCACAGCGCCUCAGCCGAAAACCUGCUAGAAGGGCCAAGGGGGCUGAGGGAGCGUGGUGGAGGCAGCCUGGGCAAAUCUGCAUCCCUUCCUCAGACCAGCAUCAUGUUGAGCAAGACCGUUAAGAGCAUGGAGGAGCAGAAGCAGGAUGGCAAAGGGCGCAAGUGGAGACCCUCUAUAGCUGUUCAGGUGGAUAGCUCUGAGACUUUGUCAGACUCAGAUACAGAGGGCAAAGCACUGAGAGAAGUGCACUCCGUUGGAGUCCAAGUGGAGGAUGAUAAGAGACGAGCACGAUUCAAACGCUCCAACAGUGUGACAGCAAGUGUGCAGGCUGAUCUGGAGAUGGAGGGUUUCGGGGUUCUGAGUGUGCCAACACAGGACAAGGGGCUGCAAUUCGGCUGCUCCUUCCAGCGCCACUCCUCAGAGCCUGAGUCAGAAUAUCGCUCCACCGUGCACACACAGGGCCAGUGGGCAUACCGGGACCACUACCAUGGCGCCUACUCCACUGAGCCCUGUGCUCUGGAGCUGAGGGCUCUGCCUCACACACACACUGAGCGAGCAGUGGCAAGUUGGCAUGAAGGCCCACGCAGCUUGCCUGACUCAGGCCGAGCUUCACCAUGCCUCCGAGACGGAGAGUUCUUCCUCCGCCUGCUGCAAACUGAGGUCGAGAGGAUGGAGGGAUGGUGCCAAAGCAUGGAACGAGAGGCAGAGGAGAAUGAGCUGCCAGAUGAUGUGCUGGAGCUGAUCAGAGCAGCAGUGGGCAGUGCACAGAUGUUAAUGUCCCAGAAGGUGCAGCAGUUCUUCCGCAUGUGCCAGCAAAGCGUGGAUCCCACGGCAUACCCCCAGCCCACCACUCAGGACCUGGCUGGUUUCUGGGACCUGCUGCAGUUGGCCAUUGAGGAAGUGCGUGUGAAGUUUCAAGACCUGCAGCGGAUCAAGGAAUCAGGCUGGAGGCUGCCUCCUGAGAAGAAGGAGGAGACAAAGCUUCCUCCUCCGUUACCAAAGAAGCCAGCGGGUGGAGUGACUGGGAGUCUGCGGGCAGAAAGCAUGGCAGAGGCAGGAGUAGGAAGCACUGGUGGUACGCUAAUGGUCUCUCGCGGUCGUAGUAUGCCCAUACCCUUGCCAAUGAGGGAGAAAUCCCAAGAUUUAGGCGAUCGGCAGAGGCUGGAAGCAAGGCGGCGGCUCCUCCAAGCAGGUCCCAAGCGAGCUGCUUCUUUCCGUCAGAAUUCGGCCACAGAGAGCGGGGAUAGCAUCGAGAUCUACAUCCCUGAGGCCCAGACCAGACUGUGAGCCAGCCAAGAUCAUAUUUGUCCAUAAAACAAACAUAGCAAGUCUCCUCUCCCUUUUUUGAGUGACCCACAGUAUAGCUCACCUACCAAGCGUAAUUCAAAUGAGAUGGAGAAGAGGCAACAUGGGUACUUUCUGGAAGAGAGAUCACUCACUUGUUUGUGUUGAACCUCACAGAUUAAUCCUCACUGAUUAAAAAGGGCUCCCACCAGCACAACCACGUGGUAUGAGACUGGGUUUAUUUUUCUUUCACAAGGUGUAUAUAAUAUCCCGAAACCUUAGGACUUUUUUCAAUAAAUGCCUCCGCGGAAUACGGGUGCAAUAUUGUCUUGGUGAGAGGAUUUUAGAAAUUUAGCUACAAAUAGCAGACACUCUUUUGAUAUAGUCUUGAUAUCUAAACUGUGCAUUUAGUUUUGCUAGUGUGGUAACGGUAGCUCCUCUCACUGUGAAACAGCAGCACACUCUUGUGGCCAGGUCAGAUAAGUGCAUCCCUAAAUCUCAGGCCUGCAUAUAUGAAUUUGGGCUCCAUCCCUUUGACCUGCACAUGCAGUUUUGUUUAGUUGCAACAGGUCAGGUUUCUGGCUGUUAAUGGUCAGUGUUCAACAGGGGUAUCCUUUGCAGUCAAACAAAGUCCCCAUUUCUAUUUAAUUUAUGCUACUAUUGAGGAUAGAGACAAAGUUCUCAAGCUCUAAGUUGCUUCAUUUGAUAAUUUUCCUGCUUUAGCCACACAGAGACAAUCCUCAUCUUGGUAAUUGUUUAGGAAAGGGAAGCUUGUCAGUCUUUCCUGAAGUCCACUUUGAACUUCUGUGUAAAAAAGAAAUAGAGGAAAGUGUGAAAUCUGCUACAGCGAAGUCAGUAUUACCCAGACAGAAACACUAGCGUCUUAUUAUUAGAGUGACAGAGAUCUUUUCUAAAUGUAGGAGUACAAAAAAAAAACCACUGGGUUUAGAUGUGUGGUUUUCAUUUUUGUGUUUAGGUGUCUUUAAAAUGUUGAAUAUAUGCCGUGCCCCCUUACAACAAAGGAAAUCGCUGAUACCUCCAGACCUCAGAAGUUUUGCCUGGAUGUGUUUUUAUUUACUUAAUACACUGUUUUUAUUUACUUAUUACAGUGUGUGUGUGUGUGUGUGUGUGUGUGCGCGCGCAAAAAAGAUAUUUGUUCAAAUAUUGUACACAAAAUAAUGCAAGGUAAUGGCUGCCCUUUGUGACACCAAUUGCUCCUAGUCUUGCAAUUGUCAUUUUCGUACAUUUUCAAAUACUAACUAUGUUUUUGGUUCGACUAUAGAGGAAUUUGAAAAGUAUUUAAUAGGAAAUUGUAUAUUUUAUAAAUGACAUUUUUAGAUUUAAAUAUGAAAAGAGAAAUCCCUAUCGAAAGUGAAGUAUGAAUCAGUGUACUAUAAAUGAAAAGAAGGAAAACAAUGAAAAGGGCAGGAUAUCUCUGUGCUCUCUCAUAUCUGGAAUAUCAGUGUUGCCUAUCAGUGUUGUUAAAUAUUUAUAUGAAGUCAUAUGGAGCCUGCUGCUUGAAGUGCCCGAUUUCUCUUCUCUCACUCUUGACCUCAGCCUUGACAGGCUACUGGUGUGGAUUUUGAAUUAAAGAAGAGCCAGGAGCCACUUAUAGUCUUUGUUGUCCUGUAUAGACUAGUUGUGCCUAAUUAGCACUUUUUGUGGCUUUUCAACUGACUAUGAUAUUUUACUCAAUAUAAAGUAUGUUAUUCAUAUGGAAUAGGUAUGGUUCUGAUAAUUCAAUUUGUAACAUUUUACUGGAUAUUCACUUCAGCCAGUAAUCUCUGUAACAUGCAUGCCUUUUAAUACAUUCAUGUAUAACUUUUUAUACUUUUUUCAGUGAAUCCAUUAUGCCAGUUAUGCUGUUAUUUAUUUAUGUAGUUUUUUUUUUUUAACUAACCCACUUUCAGAUUGAGGAUGAAUGCCAAUGACUGCACUUAUAUAUAGCCUUUGUCUCCUUAAUCUAUUUUUAAAUUGCAGAUCAACAGCAUAUUAUAAAAUUAGGGAAUGUCAAAUACAUCAAAUAUCUGGCCCAGCAUGUCAGAAAACAGGAAAGCACAAAAGACUAUUCCCUUUUCCACUGUGAAGGACUUCUGUCCAUUUGGCAUACUGGACUCCACAUUUCUAGUUGUCCUUCUAGACUCAUGAUUUUAAUGUUUACCAAAAGAACAUUGUGGGUUUUUUUUUUUUUCUUUCCUCAUAGGGAAAUGAAAUCUUACUUUUUUUUGUCGUUUGGUUGGUUGUUUUUCUUAAGCAUCAGGCAUUUGCAUUUUCGGAUGGACCCAUUACCUGUUUGGAAGACUGACACAGAAUCAGCUGCACACAGUGAAUAAAACAUUUUGACCGUCAGGCAAAAUGUGUCCCAGAAUAAAUGGAUGGACAAUCUUCCAGAAAAAUCAUACACACGGCAGUUUUCAGUACACUUCUCUGCCUCAGCUUCCGUAUCUGAAACAUGACGCAGCCAUAUUUGGGGUACAUGGAAUAUGAGGAAGAACAGAUGCCACUUUCUACACACUUUCUAUUCUGUACAUUUCUGUCCCAUGCCUUGAGUUAACAAAACACACUUAACAAGGACUCUCUGUUGCAUCUCUGUUGCUAUUCUAGGGGCUUCUAGUGCAAAAGCAGACUGCAGGCCCUGUCCUCACCAUAAUAUCAUUAGCAUUAGAUUGUGCAGAUGAUGAAUAUAUUUUGGUAGCACAGAAGAGCUUUGUAGCAGCGUGUGUUCAAGGCACUGUGGUGUAGAUUUUUUUCUGCUCUAUAAUAAAUCAGUGCAGUACUUAAUCACUGGAUAUCACAUGGGUCAUAGCCUUUUAAACAAUUACUGUGUAAUUAAAUAUAUCCUCUCACUCUGUUUUACUAUUAUGUAAAUAUAUCUGUUGCAUUGGAAGUUAUUGUAUUAUAUGGAUUAUCAUAACAAUAAUUAUUAUCACAUUAUAAAGAGAAGUUGUUCCUUAACCUCUAUGUUUAGACUAUGGAAAAUAUGUAUUUGCAAAAGGUGUGUUCUAUUUCACCCCUACUAACCACCAGGGAGAAUCAGCUGGAUACCUUUACCGAGACCUUCGAACAAAGUCACAAAGUGACAUAUGAAGCAGUAUUUGUAUUAAAUACCGCUGUUAAAUAGUCAUCUUUCCCUUUCUUCUUCUCACCUCACACACGUUUGGACUACAUGUAUACCAUAUGAAGCUAUCACUUGCCAGCUUGUGACUAUGAUCGGAGGAUAGUUAACCUGUACUCCAAAGCUGCUGAUAGCCUCCUCUCAUGUCUUCUACCUCACUUAGUAUAUUUUUAUAUAUUGCAAGCACCCUUUCUUGUUAAGCUAUGGAAAUCUGUGAAAUUCACAAAAAUGCUCUGUACUGUUACUUAAUAAGUGGACCGCCGUUCCCUACUGGGUUGCGUUCUUCCUCAGCAUGAUCUCCUCCCAAGUAUUCCAUAUCCACCCCCAUCUAGCCAACCAAACAACCAAAAUGCCUGUGGCUAUAUGGUGUGGUUGAGUGGUUUUCCGUGGCCAUGCCACACACUGUUCACUGCUGAGAGAGCAUGCUAUGCCAGCUGGGUUCCACAUGGAACACUGGGGCUAGAGUCGGGUAUUGCUCUAUUCACCCAUCAUUGUCCCCAUCAUGUCAGGUUCUCCCACGGUAUUAUCUGCUCAGCCACAUCCCUCACUGUCCACCCACCAAUACUGUGUCAUCAGUACCAGUGGGUUCCAAUGACAGUGUUGCAAGGAUGCAAAGUCCAGUUCCACCUCUAGCCCCUAUCUUUCUUGGGGCUCCUAAAUUCACUAAGAAUUCUAGCUACCCUGUCACCCGAAUGUGUGGCAAACUAUUAUGCUUGCCAUUAUCCAGGCCAGGUCAUUAUGGAUGUCUCUUGAGGAUGCUAGGAUUGUUGAUGGCAGCCAAAGUAGUAAUCCCUGUAGGCUGGAACUAUGAGUUUUCAGAAGUGGUUUAUCAGCCUAUGGCUAGACCUGGAAUGCCACAGAGAUAUGUAUCCUUGUCUCAGCAAAAGGGGCACUAGCUUUUUGGAGAUGCAAGACCUUUCUAGCAAAAGGAGUCCACUUGGGAGACGUCACCUCUUGGAGAGAGACACUCACUACAGAGACUUCCCUUACUUGCUGGGGAGUAGUGUGGGGUCACAGGGGCACAGUGGCCCCCCCAGUCUAAUAUCAGAACACAUCAACCAGCUGGAACUGAGGGCUGUCCAUCUAGCCUUCAGAUUGUCCUUACAGGUUCUGACAAGUCGGCACAGGUUGGUUCACUCAGACAAUGCUAUGACAGUAAGAUUUAGAGAGCAACAGGGUGGUCAGACAGCCUAGCACAGAAUCCCCUCAGGUGGGUCCAUCCAUGGUUAGGCUCUGUGAGAGCCAGGGCUGUAAAGUGGUGCACUGCCUGUAUUGUCAAGACAGCACAUACACCUGGAAGACUGGUAACCCAGAUCUGGGAAAGAUUUAGCAAGGUGCAGGUGGACAUCAAUGAUUGUGGUUCUCCCUGGCGGAGCCAGACAGCCCAGUGUGACAGGAUGCACUGCCCCAUGCUUUUCCUCCUCUAACGAUGAUUCUUCCCACAUUGCACAAAAUUUAGCAACUAGGCCAUAGAAUCCUGCUCAUGGUGCCAAGAUGGCCAGCAGGAAUACAAAAAGAAUGGUAGAACUGCAUGCUCUGGCCUGGGAUUUCUGUCUAUGGUCAUGCAAUUUUGCAAAUCAGUUGAUUGACCUUGCAGUGUUCCAUGAAAUCAAGCCCUCAGACCGUACCUUGUUGUGCCCAGUACACGGCCCUAUGUUAAGGUGUGUCCUGUUCCUCAUGACAUUGUCAUAGGACAUUCUUAAAGCCCAUGGCCAUUAGGAGAGGUGAAAUAGAAUGCUAGUAACUGUGGCUCUGUGAAACCCAGAUAAUUACCAGCUUCUAUUUAUUUCCAUAUAAAUAGAACCUGCAGGUUAUAUUUACUUCUAUUUAUUGCAAAUACUGCAUCAUACAUCACUUAAUGAUGUUUUUGGAGGAACUCAUGAUGCAUGUGCACAAACAGAAGGUAUUUAAGUGAUUCUCACCACCUCUGGAGGUUAUCUGGUGUUUAUAGAACCUCAUUUACGUACAUAACUAGCAUUUAUAAUGUACAGAGAACUACCUUAUUUAGAUUACAUUUUUAUUGCUGCUAAAGUAGAAGGUGGACUGGAAGAAAAUACAUGUUUUAAAAUUGAGUAAAAACUAUAUUCCGCUAGACCAGGGCUGCUGCAUGCAAGAUUAUGGAUGAGAUUUUAAAUGGGGUAUCAGUUUGUUCAUAGCACCUGGAGUAUAGUAUAUUACAUAAUUUCAAAUUUAAUUUAAAACUUUUCUUUUGAUCUUUUUCUACUCUGACAGAAAAAAAUGUGGGCAUUCUGUAAUGUAGCAAAAUAAGUUUACACUCCUUUAUUUGUUUCUUUUUCAUUCACUGACCAGUUUAAAGAAUAUAGCACUGUAUUUCACCAUUCUGUUUCACUAAAUAUGUACAUCAGUACUUGUUUUCAUUAUUUAAAGUGUAAUACAGGCAUAAAUGCACAAAUUGUUUUUAAUUUUAUACUUUUUUCCUUCAUGCCAUUUUUACAGGCCAGAUCAAACAGCAAUAUCAUACUACUUCAACUUGUUGAUAUAGCAUAUGAAUCAUCUACUGCAGUUUGUUUUAAGAAAAGAGUUGCAGCUAACCACUGAGGGCCUGUGACAGCUGUUUUAGAUUCAGUGAGUCAUUGUUCCCUUGCCAUAGACGUGUACAGCUAAAUGUGCAGUAGCUGUAAAUUAAGACAGAAGGCUCACUGUGAUGUGGUUAACCUAACACAGAAUGUAACACUGUUAAUGGCUGUAAACAUUUUUUUUAAAUUAUGAUAAAGCUA